AUGCGACGCGCUGCAUCCAAGAAAACGGGUCAAUCCAAUUCCAACCCCUCCGUCAAUUCCUCCGCCUCGGUUCUAUUCCGCUCUGCUUCCAGUAAAGCUAACUCAAAGGAACUGGAGCGAAUCGAUAGUCUAUUUUAUUCGUAUGCCAAUGGAUCUAGUGGAGUGAUUGACCCAGAAGGAAUUGAAGCACUUUGUGCUGAUAUGGAGGUAGAUCAUACUGAUUUGAGGAUUUUGAUGCUUGCGUGGAAAAUGAAAUCUGAGGAGCAAGGAUAUUUUACCUUGGAUGAGUGGAGGAGAGGCUUAAAAGCAUUAAGGACUGAUACAGUAAGUAAAUUGAAAAAGGCACUUCCAGACCUAGAAAAUGAGGAGGUAGUCAAAAUUUUCAGAUUUCUAUUCUUAUGCUUUUCAAUAUUGUCUAACAGAGGAGAAACAGAAAAGCAUUGA